AUGGCUUUCAAUUGGUCGGGAUCUCGAACUGAUCAAAGUACGUUGCGAUACCAUUUAGCAAAGACCUGUUAUUCGAGGAUGCUCAAUUAUUUCAAGUCCAAUCAAAAGAACACAACAGCCACCUGUAAUUAAGCACGGCACGGCGCCAAGUUGCGUUGGCCAGGAACAAUGGGUUUUUUCUUUUUUUGGACCCUCCGCCUCGCACCUGGAAUCUUCUGAUCCAAUUUUCAUUUUUGGGGACGGAAUUAUUUUACUUCUCCAGGUCGAGUUCAAACGAUCCGAAUCAAUGUGAAAGACGUGGACGAACCUCCGGCUUUUGUCAACUCGCCCCUUCCCAUGUUGGCCGUCGUUCCUUUGAACCCAACGAUUGGUCGGAUCGUUUAUCAGGUAAUAUUGAAAGUACUUUUUCCAAUUUCGGGGAUUUCUCUGAUUUUACAAAGUGGGCAUUUUCUGGAAAAGACUUCCACAUUAUAAAAAAACUUGUUUUUUUAAUAUUCAAAGCCGUUUCGUUAUUAUUUCAAGUAUCGAUUUUCUUGCAGGGAUUUCUAAAAAAAAGUUGUUCAGAUAGAAAAACAGAAUCUGUUGUAAAAUGAUAUUCAUAAAACGAAAAGUUCAGCUUGUGGCCCGAGAUGAGUCGGGUGACGGCGAUGGCGCUAUUCAGUACAAGAUGAUUGACGUCGUCCGUGAGUCUCAUUUUUCAAUUUGUGAAAAGAUCCAGAAGAUUAUGUGAUACAAUCUGAAAAAGGCAUUAUAAUGAUUUUUGUCAAGAAUUUAAUGAAGAAACGAGCUUCAAUGGAGGACAAAUUGAAAUUUUUUCAGCCGAAGGCUCAUUCACUGUCGAUCCGAAGAGCGGCGUGGUCAGAACUGGAUGGAAUAAAUAUGAGAAAGGCGAAACUUAUCGCGUAUUCGUCCAAGCCGUCGACUUGACUCCUUCCGAUAACACAACUUCAAUGGUUUAUCAAAUCUCGUUAAGGGAUUCUUACAGAAACAAUUUAGGUAUCCGAAGUGGCAAAACUGGAGAUUUUGGCUGCAGAUCGGCCGCCGCAGUUUGCCAAGCAAAACUAUCAUAUUCAUGUUUCGGAAGACAAUCUUGUCGAUUACAGGUGUUUUUUUAUUGAAGAAUUUGAGUUUAUAAAAAAAUUAGAGAUACUUUUAUUGUUAAAAAAGUGAAGUAGGAAAGUAUGAUGAAAACCGGGCACGGGUUCAACAAGGACGUUGAUUUAAAGGCUCCAAGGAUACAAGCCUUUUCAAUGUCAAAGAAAUCAAAUGUCUUACAUAUUUUGAAUUCCGAGACCUGAGAACUCGGCUCCGUGGCACUAAAUAAAAUAAGAUUCACAAAAAUUGUAUUAGAUCUUACUUGAAUCGCAUUUUUUUUAUAGUCCAGUUAGCGCUUGAGAAUUCAGAAAAGAAGUUUUACUCGUCUAAUUCCUUUCUUCGCCUACUUACCGCCUACCGAAUAUUGUUGAAAGCUAGAGCUCAAUUUUUUUCAAGAUAAAAAAAAGUGAUUUCAUUUUUGACUGUAUUAAUAAAGAGACUCAAAAGUCUCUAGAAAUUUUUUUCAAAUAAAAUUCUUUUUUCAAGUUUUAUCACUCUCAUUUUGUUGAUUGAUUUGAUCUGAAUUACAGCGUGGUGGACGUGAAGGCUCAAUCGUUUCGAAGCAUCGAAGACGGCAAGUCGAAGGGCGACGUCACCUACUUGCUUCAAGGACACGAGAGCAAGUCUCCGGAGGAGAAGACGUGGUUCCGGAUAGACCCGGCGACCGGCGUCGUCCACCUCACACGACCUCUCGACUUUGACGAUCCGGCUCUCCCCAAGAUGCACAAACUCACCGGUCCGUCUGAUCAUUUUCGAAGAUUACGCCAGAUUUCUCGGGGGCUCGUCAAGUUGAAAUUGAGCGCAAUUAAGUGGGCAUUAUGGGGGCUGGUGACGGCCGUUGUGUCGCAAACAAUUUCCGUCGGUUCUGGACUCGAACAAGAGCGCCAAUAUCCUGCUCCAAUGAGCCCUCCUAAUCCGAUGUUCUCGAGAGCCUUCGAGUGCUUUCAACCGUGGAUUCCCCAGAAAUCAAGGGAUUCCAGAGAUUCUGAAAGAAACAGAUCGAGAAGCCUUAUUUAAAAUUCUCUACCAAAAGAAAUAUCUUUUUCUCUUCAAAAAUAUUUUUUAUUGAUCAUCAACUGUUUGUGUGAGAAAAAAUUUCAAAAAGUGUCUUUUUUCGAAGAUUGCCUAUUCAAAAUCUACUCUUUCAAGCUACAAAACAGUGCGGGACGAAACUAUAAAAGCACUUUGCUUUUUCAAGUUUUCACAUCAAUUUUUGCAAGAAAAGGGCUGAUCAGGCUCUCCCACCCAAACAUCCUUGACCGUCCCAGUUAACUCAGAGGAAACGGUUUUAUGUUAAUAAGAACGAAACCUUUAAUGGUUUUCUUUUUCUUAUCAAGUUGCAUUACUAAUGUUUGGAACGAAAUCGAUCAUGAAUUAUUGGCAGAGGAAGACAAGAAAAAAUAUUUCAGUGUAUGCAGAAAAUGUUGGCGUCGAGCAUAUCCUUUCAAGAGUUCACAGGUAAUCAACUCGGUUUAAAUAUCAACUCAUCAUUGUUCUAUGUUUAUUCUCUCAAACAAACAAUUUAUUUUCUUGACAUAUGGAGUUUAAUCCACCUAGUGGUCUUUUUCCCUCCCUGCAACAUUGCCAUACCAUCCGGUGUUACGAAAAUAAAAUGAUUGAAAUGAUUUGAAUUCUGCUUCUGAAGACCUCAGAAAAUUUGUUUUUCUGGUUGAUAAAUAUCAUGUUUAAAAAAGUAGAAAAAAUCUCUUUUUCUGCAGUUGUGGCGCGGGAGGACGGCAAGGAAAGCCGAGUGCCGGUGGACAUCGAAAUCGAAGACGUCAACGACAACGCGCCGGUCUUCACGCGGCCGCUCUACACGGCCCAAGUUCCCGAGGACAUUGAACUUUUCAAAACUAUCAUCAAAGGUUUAGCAUAGUCUUAGGAAAGGCAUAUAUUCGAACAUGAACCUCUCGUAGGAAGUUCAUAGAAGAAGUUUGAUUUUUGGACAAGAAUGAGACUGGGCAAAUCUAUCCUAUUCAAAUCCAAAGUUUUUUCUUGACGAAAUGAAAAAAAUCGUAUCUUUUUUUCUGUGAAUAUUUCUACUAGGGGAAAAGAAAAGUACAAGUUUUUCUAGAUUUUUUUGACAUUUUUUUAAAAAGAAACUCAGAGCACCCUGAUACCUUCAAUCCAAAAACGAAUUCCUCACUGUUUUUGCAUUUUUUUUUGGUGCAUAAUGACAUCUAAUAGAUAAUAAGUUAAAACCUUGAUAGACUUAACAACUCUAAAAAAACAAGAUAUGAAAAAAAGUUUUUCUCAAAGUGAAACUAAAUUGAAGAAACUCAACAUCAUUUUUCUAAAUUAUAUCUCUUUUUAAAAUUUCGAUUCAACAUUCUUUUUAUGUUUUUUUACGAAAGGCUAUUGUUACAUGAAGUCAGAUUCAAAAAAAUUUUCAGUGACUGCCAUUGACAAAGACAGUGGGGAGAAUGCGAGAAUCGGCUUUUCGGUGGACAACGAAAACUUCACGAUCAACGAGAAUGGAGAGAUUUCUGCCAAGGUGACUUUGCUGUUUCAUAGGAUCUAUAAUUUUCGUGAAAUGGAUACAAAACUCGGUUUUCUUCUCGACUGGUGCGACCACCUACAAAACGACCGUCUUUUUGUGCUUCAUCGCAAAUUAAUAAAAUACGAGCGUUUUUGAUCUUAACUAUCCUUAUCAGCUCUUUCUUGCUCUUUUUAAUAAAUUUUGUAUUUUUCUUUAUCUCUAUAUCAUCUGUCUUUUGAAAAAAAAAAAACGAUUAAAAGUUACUACAAGAAAAGACGCAUUUUGUAAACGACCGCACUUUAUAGAAUGCCUCCCUUCUUCUAAAUGUUCGAAGGCUCUAAUAAAAUCAAUAUUGAAACUGGGUAAAUAUGAUAUAUUAGAAAUUUUUCAGAAAAGACUCGACGCCGACCAGUUCAACGAGAGAUACUUCAUCUACAGGUUCAACGUCACAGCGACUGAUCACGGGGAUCCGCGGCUUUCCAGCUCCGCAAUGGUUGGAUAUUCUAAUUUUUUUACUAAAUUUUUGACUUCGAAAAAAAUUGAGUGAACCUCGCGAAUAAUUUUGAAAGGACGUAAAAAGUUUUUUUAAAAAGAAGCCUCUUCAAAAUUAAUUUUUCAUAGUCUUUCUUUGGCGUUCCGUGAGAGAAUCCUCUUUUGAGAAAAAUGAAUUUAAAAAAAUUAAAAAAAUGAUUUUUCAAGUGAAGUAUUGAAAAAAAGCUGAUAUAAAGACCAUAAAGUCCUUUUUUUCAGAAAUGGAGCGAAAAAAAUCACUUCAGGGGAGCUUUUUUUUUUUACUUUUUGAAGUUUUCAAAGAGGGUCUUGAUAGUCCUUCUGGAUUUUUUUUAUAUUUGCAAAAAAUGCCACAAAAUAUCAGGACUCUAUUUGGGUGAAUUGAGUUAUCGUUUCUAUCAGUUCAUAAUGGAGUUUUGGGACACAUGAUUAUCCCGGAAUAAAAUUGACCAACUAGAGAACCUUUUUGAACAAAAAGUGGAACACUUGAUCAAACUAUUUUUACUUAGUUUUUUUGUUUGAAGGUGCACGUCCGAACGGAAAAUACCAACGAUGAGAGCGCCGUUUUUCUGCCUACGAGUCAAUACACGGCUUUUGUUGCCGAAGACGCUCAGGGCGGAACACCUGUCAUUCAAAUUCAGGUGAGAUUCGCGAAUAUAUCUUCGAAACCGGUUGAACGAACAAUUGCGACUUAGAAUGCUAAAAUAAUCAUUUUGAUACAAUUGGAGGGACCAAUUUAGUGUCCUCUUCAAGUAGUUAUUCUUAAGUGGCCAUUAGAAUUUUCCUCAGGAAGUUUUUAUUUUGCUUGAAUUGAAAUAGAGGGAAAUCGCCACGACUGACUUGGUGAGUCGUUGUAAGAGUAAAUUUUUUGGAUCUCGGAAUAUUUUGAUUCGAAGUAAAAGUCUUUCUUUUUGUUGAAUUUACAUUAGGCUUUUCUUUUACGCGUAUUUCAGAUAGUUCAGAAAGAAUAAAUCUUGUUGAUGUAUAAAUAGAAAUAUAAAAAUUCUUGGAGAUUCUACAAAACUAGAACAAUGUUCUAGGCUCGCGACGCUGAUCGGGACGAAGUCGCCUAUUCUUUCGUGAACUCGGACUUGGACCCCACACAAACUAUGAAUCUGUUCACUAUUGAUCAACAUACAGGUAUGAAUUAUCAAAGUUUUCAUUUAGCAUUUUGGCUGUUGUAAGAUUUUAGAGUAAAUUGAAUAGAAUGAUCAAAAAUUAUAGAAAUUGAAGAAGCGAAUCAAUUAGAUGAAUAUAUCGCGCAGCCGUUUCGGGUCUUAAAAUGUACGGCUUGAGAGGGUGACGCAUCGUCAGCAUUUUCCCUCUUUGCUUAGGUUCAAAAAAGUAGGAUUAAUUUUCUCGUUACCUAAUAUAGGCAUUUUUUUAAAAAAAGUAUAAUAGGAUAUAUGAAUGAAAGAGCGGUGAAAAACAAACGAAAAAGGAAGAGGAACUAUGUAAUUUAAAGAGUGAUAAGUAGAUUGAGAAGAUGAGUAAUUUUCUUCUGAAAUGUUUUGUUGUGAUAUACUUCCAAUAUUAUUAGAGGGUGAACAGUUCUUUGUUUAAACGAGCAUUCAUUCCUUUGAGAAGAUGGUAAGUGUUCAUUUUCUUCCAAAAAUAAGGUUUCCAAAAUUUUUCAAAUUGUCGUUUAACUUCUGAAGCCAAUUUUUUUGAAUAUAUUGCCUCAAUGAAUUUAUUUAACAUAUUUGUACAGUAUAAAUAAGUAUACUAUUUUUGAUUUUUCUCAAUGAAAAAUCCGCUGAAGUAGUUAUCGAGGUUAAUGGCCCCACCAGUUUUUUUCGUUCAUUGUUCUAUAUAUUUAGUUCAUGCGCCGUCAGUUAAAACGGCUUACGCGCAAGUCGUUUCAAGUCUGUCGCUUUUAAAACCAAGCUAUUUGCAGUUUUGUUAUGGUGAGCCCUUCCAUGUGCAACCAUGGGUUUUAAAAACUAUUUUACACAAAGUGAAAGGAGAGACUCUCGAUAGUAAGGAUAGUUUCGUAGGACUUGUGAAACUUCGACAAGGAGUGACGCCGGCGGAUCUCGCCGAAGCCGAAAAUCCGAUCAACUUGACGGUUUUGGUCCGCGACGACGGUUCCUGCUGCCUUUCGAGCUCUGAAAUUCAUUCGUCCUACGCAACUCUUUUGAUCGGUUCAUCAAAGAUUCCGUUUAUUGGGAAAAGUUGGCUUUUGAGGGAUCGAAGAUGUCAACAACAACAAGCCGGAGUUCCGCGACUGUGCCAAGUACAGUGAAAUGGCGAAAAUCCUCGAAGGAUCUUAUAAAACUGACCCGCCGACGAUCGUGAAAGUGGGUAAAGGAUCGAAAAUUAAAAAAAGAUUCGAUGAAUUAAAAAUGCAGAGUUUUUAGAGCAAAGCUUUUUUUUCCCCUAAAGCUCGAGUUUUGGUUUUCCAAAUCUUCGAGAACAAGUUGCCCCAAUGGAAGACCACCUUUAAUAUUUAAAAGAACAUGAAGUCCAGUAAAAAGUUACUGGGAAAUCUUGUCGGACGUCAUUCAUACUCACUGCAUGGUAUAACUUCUCGUACAAAAAAAUUUAUGGUAUAUAGCGCCCCUCGACUUUUUUGCUAAAAAUGCUUUGAUAAUUGAUUUCUCCGAAUGUGGUAAGAUUUGGGGUAACCUUUAUUGGAAAAUUGAGGGUAAUAUAAUAACUUUUUUUGUUAACACGAUUUCGAUACUACCACAAAACUGAAAUCCUCCAUCGAGAACUGUUCGAAUCAUAACGAAGACAAUAUAUUCAUUUACCCUUCCAUCUCCCACGAAAAAAAAUCUGUAGGUACAAGCGACGGACGACGACUCUUCCGCCAACGGCGACAUAAUCUACUCGCUCUACUACACGCAGAGCGAGAGUCGGAAGGCUUUCGUCAUCGACAGACACACGGGAAUUCUGACGCCGUCACCGCACGUCGUCUUCGACCGCGAGACACGGCCUCGAGAAGACGUCACUGUCAAGGUGACGUCUUCUUCUCCUUCUCUUCCUAUUCUUAUAUUUUCAGGCCACAGAUCGAGGAGAUCGGCCUCUUAUCGGCUUUUGUCAGUUUUCUGUUGAGGUAAGCUUUUGGAAACCAAUAACAGAUUUCGAAAGAAUACUUUUUAGGUUGUGGAUGAGAACGACAACGCUCCGCAGUUCGAAAGAGCCGCCUAUGAAACGAGCGUUUCUCGAGGCGAAUCUGUUGGGUGAGGAUUGAAAUUGGGAUACUAUUGGAUAAAAUCUCGAAAGCCGAGACCUUAUAUAGUGUCUGAAAAACCUCUGAUUCUUAGCCUUAUUCGGAAGUUUCUUUGUUCUUAGCCUUAUUCGGAAGUUUCUUUGUUCGAUCCAAUACUUUAGUAGAUUCAUCCCCAACAGAACUGAAGCUUGUUACAAGCUCAGUUCACUUCAAUGUAAUUUUACUUUGAAAAAAAAUAUCUUUUCAGAACUUCUGUGAUUACGGUUUUCGCCUUUGAUAAUGAUGCCGCUCAUAAUGCUGAGGUAAAAGAAAUUUACUACGUCAACGGUAUUUUUGUGGCAUUUUAGAUAUCCUACGCUUUGGAGACGGAUUCCUUGGCUGGAGAUGAACAUUUAGACGACAUCAAGUUCUUCGAGUUGGUCAAUAAAAGAAGCGGAGAAAUCGCCCUUGUCAAACCGAUUCCUCAUGAAGUAUUUAAAAAUAAACGGAAAAUACUGACCUUCAAAGUGUUUUGUAGAAAAGCAAGUUCAUGUUCAACGUCGUGGCGAAUGAUCACGGCAUUCCGGAAGCGCUGACUUCGACUGCUCAGGUACAUUUUUUGAAAAUAUUGCCGCUUCAAAUACUUUGAAAUACUUGGAAUGAGCGCUCCGUUUUUCAAAAGGUUCUUUUUGUCCUUAGUUAAUUUUAUUGUUUGAAGUUCGGCUCAAAAUUGAAAGUAACAAGCAAAAAAACACAGAAAAAGUAAAUAAUUCAGAAAAAAAGCAUUUAAAAUCAAGCCAUUUUUUUGCAAAUAAAUUUCGCAAAAAAAUCGAUUUUUUUCAAAUAAUGAAGAUUUUUUUAAACUUGAGAUGUCAAGGUUGAAGUUAAAAAAGAAAUGAAAAAUCGAUAAAGCCGCUGAUCUCAUUUUCGGUUGAAAUAUGGGGUCUUUUCUUUCUCUUGACUUUCGUUAUGAGUUUUUUCACCGGUAAUUGGAAAUGGACUCAUGUGCCAAAGACGAAGUUUUAUUUAAACUGUUUCUUUCUGAAUCAAAGGGUUAAGGUUGUGAUAAACGUUCACGAUCGACAACAAAAAGCUCCGAAAUGGCAGAUCAGUCCCGACUGCAAGAAUGUCGUCACUGUCAGAGAGAAUUCUGAGGUUUCCCGAGGCCUUUGUCAAUAUCAACUGGAAGUGUUUCAGAUGAACAAAGUGAUUCUGAGAUGUUACGCUGUCUCAGGCGACGGGUCCAAAAGUUCGAUUGUCUACAAGUGAGUUUGAAUUUGAAAAAAAUAAAUUAAUAUUGUGAUUUCAAAAAAAUUUUUUUCUCAACUAAUUUUUUUGAAACAAACUUGAUUUCACACGAUAAAAAGUGAGUCAGUUUUUUUAUGUCUAUUUGAGCUCUAGAAAAUCAACGAUCUUUGGAAAAUAAGCCCCGCGACAACAGAAAAAAAAGAUCUAUGAUGAAGAAAGAUUUUUCAAAAUAAAACUUUUCAAAUCAAAUGUUUCGAUUGGCUGAUCACAAAAAAAAAUUCAAGUUCAAGCAGUUAUUACCGUUUCAUGAGCGGAGUUAACUGGAGGCGGUUUGUUUUUUUUUUCGAUAGAUUUCAUCUCAAAUUGAUGAAGCAAAAUUGAAGAACACUCAAAAAAUUAAGGCAUUUUAGGUCAUAUUCAAGCUUUUAGGUUAAAAAAAUUUGGUUCACUUCUUAUUUAUUUAUGUAGUUUCAAGUUCAAAUAUAACUUACCUUACUUGAGACUCUCAACUUCGGGAGCCCACAAUUCGAUGAAAGCUGAUGCCAAGUUCCGGCAGUUCAACAAGUUCGAAGACGGGAAGGAAUGGGCAGAGGUAGAAAUUUUUUUUGAAAAAAUCCCCAAUUUGAAGUUUUUUCGUUCGAUUUUCAAAAGUGAACCCUUUAUUUUUAAAGAAAUCACUCUCAAAAUUCAUUCUUUUUUCAAGGUGGCGAUAAUGGAAGGGUUGGACUACGAGCAGGUCAACAACUACACGUUGACGUUGUCUGCAACUGUUGGAGAACAUCUUCAGGCUUUUGAAAGGAAAAAUUGCAGGACGUCGGCUCAGAGGUGACGGCAACGAAAAUCUUCACAGUUCUGGUCGAAGACGUCAAUGACGUCGUUCCGCAGUUCACCGUCGAUCUGUUCACCGGGACCAUCGAUGAAGAGCUCACGCCUCAGGAAUACUUGGAGAUGUUCGUUUAGAAAACAGAAUUCGAUAUCUUGUGGUACAUUGACGAUCUCGCAGAAGAGCUGCUUUGUAGCCGCGCAGGUCUUGCAUUCUCCUUGACGCGAUAUCGCAGUUUUCGAAAUUUUCAACGUUUUUUUUUCUGAGUUCGUAAGAAAAGCGAGUGAAACGCGAGUUCGGCGCGACGACAAAGCGAUAUACUUGCGAUGUCGUACCGCCACCGACCUCGCUUUCCUAUCGCGCCAGACUAGGCAUUUAUUUUUAGUGAAUGUACUUUUUCUGGACUCUCUGAAAUCUCUUGCCCUUUAAGCUUUAAUUGAGGGAAAAGAGAACGCAGACAAGUUAGUCAGUUUUGAACUUCUUUUGUGAAAAAUGAAGAAAUAAUUUGCAGAAACAAAGGAAAGCCAAUUGUGACUGUCAAAGCAAUCGACAACGAUUCUGAUGGACCUCAAAAUGAGGUUAGAUUAACAAAACUUUUUACAAAUUAUUAGUCUCGAGAAGAAAAAACGCGCCAAAAUUUUUGGAAAAAGUUUUGAAUACGAUCCUUUUCAUCAAAUCAGUCAUAAAUGAAAGAAUCUUGGCACAAGCGAGAAGUCAAUCUUUAAUUUUGAAGCUUUAUUGUGAACGCAGCGCGACCGCAACGCCUCUAGUAGGCUUUGGUAAGCCAUUUUUUUUAAAUGAAAUUGCGCUAAUAAAUAAAGUCUUCACUCAAAUUGGUGAUAAGUCUUUAAUAUGUAAAAAUGAAAUAAAUCUUGAUUUUAACUUGUAUUUCGCUCCAAUUUGCUGAAAAAUGACUUUUCAGGUCCAUUAUCGGAUUGUUGAAACGGUUGGUGGGCGAGAGACUCAAUAUUUUCGAAUCGAUGAGCUUUCUGGAGAGAUUUUUCCCAAUGAGAAGUGAACCUUUUCAAAUUUUUCCAGCUCAAGUUAUAAAAUUCAGAUUUGAUCGAGAGGAAACCGACAUGUACAUUGUGACAGUGGAGGCGAGGGACAGCAGUCCGUCGUCUUUGCCGGGAACAAAAGGACCAAACCGCGGUGAGUCGGGACACUUUGGCCGCGGUUGGAAUGGCUCGAAAAUAGAAAUUCCAAUUGCAAAUGACAGAGAAGAGGAUAAUAGCUUUUUUUCUAAUGAUUUUUUUCUUCAAAAAAAUAUUCCUACUUGGAACAAAAAUCACUUCUAAAUUUCAGUUCACCCAAUACUCAAAGCCUUAAAAAAAUUUACGGAUUAAUCUACCAUUGCACGAGAUCUUCUUAUCUAUUCUUCUAAGACUCGAAUGAUGUAUAGCUGUAUAAUGUAUUUUCUCAAGUCCUAGAUCCAAGUGAACUCGUUAGGGUUCACGUUGAUCUGUCAAUAAAUUAUUAUUAUAGCUAAAUUUAUUAAAGCGACUUUUUUUAGAAUCGGCGUUUCCCGCAGAAAGUCAUUAAAAUAAUAAUAAAAUAAACUUUUGAAAAGAAAAAUUCAAUGAUUGUAUCUAUAAGACGGCUGAGCUUGAACCUCCACUUUUUCAGAAAUACAGAAUUCCGAAAAUUGGUUUCAUCUUGAGGUUAAGGAAAUUUAGGAUUCUCCGGUCUAUUUCAAUUUUUCUGGAAACGGCUCUUUUCUGUUUUGAAAAGAGUUAUCAUCUUCCAUCUAACCUAGUGUGAAUCACUAUUUGAAACUGUGUUUCAGACAACGUGAAAGUUCAAAUCGUGAUCCGUGACGUCAACGACAAUGCCCCAUCUUUCGAAGAGAAGAAUCACGUGGGAAGAGUGAAGGAAUCAGAAGGCGAAGGUCAUGACGUCAUCACCAUCAAGGCUCACGAUCUCGAUAAACGUCUGCCAAACGGAUAUGUGUCUGAAUAAAUGAACUUUUUCAGACUCGAACCUUCGUUAUCAUCUGGUCGGAGCUGCGGGAGGUCGGAUCCCGUUUGGCGUCAGAACCGACAGUGGAACUAUCUUCGUCAAGGUAUUUUUUGUCAGUUCAAAAAGGAAAGUCAGAAUGAAACAAGAAAUUAUUCUUUUUGAAUUCGUAGGCAAUAAAAUUUCCAGUAAAAGUUUUGGUUUCCAUCAUUUUUUAAGUCCCAUUCACAGAAGACUCAUUCAUAAUAAUUACUGUUCAGCUUUUAAAAAAGUGAUCUUCGAUCCCCGGCAAGCUUAUGAACAAUGUAAUCUAUUGGCUGAGACUUGAAGGGCUUCAUCCGCAUUUAGAAUAUCUUGAUGAAAUACCUCCAACAAGCGAGUUUAAAUUUGCGGUUUAGAACCUCUUGAAAAUUGGCCAGAAUAUUUUUUGAUGAUCCAGGUGAUCAUCCUGAAGGUCUCAACCUAAAAACUUACUAGUUUUUGAGAAAUGAGUGCUCAAAGACCCAAAAUAGCCUAUACUAACGGAUUUUGAAGGUUUUCUGAUCAUACUACUACAAGUUGUGUUGAAUACAGUAUGAUGCAUCUUCCGUUGCGAAUUAAUUCAAUCUAGGAGCCCCUCGACUAUGAGCAGAACGACUCCUACCACUUGCUUCUAAUCGCUUCUGACGGCCGCCACAACGCGACCACCAACGUCUACAUUCACAUCGACGACGUCAACGACAACGCUCCCCUCUUUGAACAAGUUAUCCUCCCCUCAAAGUCGAUAUGAAGUCAUUUCUCAGCUCCGGUACGUGACUACGGUAGUCGAAGAGGAUGUCUCACUUCCACAGCCACUUUUCACCGUCAAAGCCACCGAUGCUGACAUGGUGAGGCAUAUUUUAUGGCGGCCGAGGAAAUCGCCGUCUUGUGCAAAAAUUGGAUCAAAGAACGAGUAUCAACAGAACUAGAAAAAUAUUUUUUAAUAUUAGCCAUCCAGACUACUUUUGUAUCUCAACUAGCGCUGAAUGACCAAUAAUGAUCAGCGAAUUAUGAAAGAAUUUUUUGUCGAGUUCCCUGGCUUAAUUUCUGACUCCAGGACGAGAAAAGCCGGCAAAUCGUGUACCGACUCGAGGGCCAAGGAGCCGACGACGUUUUCCGAGUUGGCCGCUAUUCCGGCGUCAUCGAGCUGAUCAAGGUCCUCAUCAAAAUUUCUCAGGAAAAAAAAACUGAUGAAUAAUUCUAUCACUGUUUCAAAUUGAUUAAAAAAGCUCUUUUGUAUCAAAGAGGAUAGUGUUAAAGACGAAUAAAUUAAGAAGAAUGUACGGCCGAUUCACGGCUAGCUUGGAACUUCAAGAGGCGUAGUCCGUCUGCGCUUUCCACCAACCUGGCACUCUCUUUUAUUAUCGUGUCAGAACCCUUUUUCCAAUCGCUUAAGCCAACCGGGAAUCAGCUAUAAAUGGAAAUAAAAACUGAAAUAUUUUUGAUAAUGUGUGGUAGAGGUCUCUAUAAAAGACUUAUAAAAGACUUUUUGACUCAGUAUUGAAUUUUAUCAUGAAUUCUUGAUGAUUUGAAUGAGUUCACGAUAUUCCUGUUUCAGCCUUUAGACCGAGAUCCCCCGACCGGAGUUCCCUCGUGGAACUUUGUCAUCCAGGCGAUCGACGACGACGGCGUCGGCCUUGUUGGUUAUGCCGACGUCCAGGUUUCAAAAAUCCCUACUGAAAUUAGUUUUAAAACUCAUUUCUUCAGGUAAAUGUCCGGGAUAUUAAUGACAAUGCGCCCAUCUUUCCUGAGCGACUUUUCGGAUACAUCGAGGAGAAUCGCGACCCCAUCCGUGAGUAAUUUUUAAUUUUUUUGAAAUCAUCGAUAGUUUGAAGAUCGAUUUCAAAAGCAAAAAAUAAUUUCAAAAAUUUAAAUUUUUAUCAAUUCAAGAAAAAAAAAUUGAGCGUAGAAUCAGCUUCAAAAAUUAGCGAAUUGUGGGAAAUUUUUUUGAAAACAUUUGUAUCUUUUCUAAAUAAUUUCCCUAGUUGCUCAGAGCCUUUUUAAACUUUUUGCAGGCUUCUGUGCUUUUUCACUCUUCAAAAUUCUUAUAUAUUGCUUUCGACUUGGCCUGUGAACAAAAAGCAAAGAUAAAAAUAACUUUCAGAUGAAGAUGGUGUGUACUUCAUGGACGUACAGGCGCGGGAUUUCGACGAUCCGACGACGGAAAAUGCGAAUAUUGAGUACUCAAUCAUUGCCAACAAGCUGAUCAACGACCAACCUGUGUUCCGGAUCGACUCGAACACCGGCAAAAUCUUCGCCAUGGUUCGUAUUUUCAGGAAAAAAAGCAGGAAUUUUGUGUUCAAAGUGAUUCCCCAAAACUAAAAAUAGCUGCCAGAGAGUGGAAAUGAUAAACUAAACAUUUGAGAGUCAGAGAUGAUUUUGAAUUUUGCUUUGGCAAGGUCGAUUCUCUGUCCAAGGCAGCUCCUCAUCAUGAAGGGACCGGAAAAAAUGAAACUUGAUAUAUCAAUCUUGAUAAUUUCUAUCUUUCUCUCAAAUUUUUCCAUUGAAGACGGUCAAAAAUUUCGAAUCAUCGGUUUUUUUUCUGUUUUGCAAGAAAGAUAGACUCUUUUCUGCGAAAAAAUUCGUAAAGUGUGAUUUGUAAAUUUUUUUUUCACAUGUUUAAUACAGUGGAAACUAUCUGCUGCAGAGCAAUAUCUGGAAAAAAAAGAUUGAAAUUUUCAAAAUAUUUCUUUUUUUUCCAGAGAAGCCUGGACCGCGAACUCGUUUCUGAAAGAGAAUUUACGAUUGAAGUUCGAGCCAACGACAAGGGAAUUCCAUCUAGGGAAGGUAUCAAAAAUGGAAGAAGAUUCAUUUCAAUCUUGAUUAUUUCAUAGGGUCUGCCAACGUAACCAUCAAAGUCCUUGAUAAGAACGACAACGCGCCGUUUUUUGAGAAGGUUUCUUUUUCGAAUCGACCAUCACAUUGCUGUUUCUGGAUCAUUUUUGAUCGGAUGAUUUCAGUCUUUAAUUCAUUUUUUUCAGACGAAUUACGAAGGAGUGGUGGCAGAAACGGCGCCGAUCGGCAGUGCUAUAAUGAGUUUUUCAGCUUUCGACGCCGACGUCGAAGCCAAGUGAGUUUUCGAAAAUCGGAAAACUAUAUGCUUUUGAUUAACUUCGAGAAACGAGUUAUUAACAUUAUUUCUUAUUUUUCUUCCUACGCCUUUUUGUCGCUUGAGCGGCGUUGGCGCCUCAAGUCGAUGAGCUUAGGUCCUGAUCUAGUGACAUAUCCGUCUUUGUGUUGGACGACUGGGCAUUUUGAAGCCGUGGUUGCUUAUUGCCAAAAUCUCUUAAACCUCUUUUUGGGUCACGACGGGAAUCCAACUUGUGACCCUGUGGACCGUAGACAGGUACACAACCUGUUGCGCUACGGCGCGCCCCAAGUUAUCAACAUUCUUUAUUUAUGAAAAAAUCUCAUUUUAAUGGGAUCUUCAAGUUACUUUAAGGAAAAUAUUGAAUAAAAUGAUCGCUAUGGGUUUCGGUCGUCUGCAGUGCAGGCGAUAAGGUCCAAUUUUCAAAUUUAAAUUUGAGUUGUCGCAAGUUUGGUUUCGUGAAGCGAUGUCGGUUUUGGUCUGGCGAAUAUUUAGAGUAAACACUUUGUAGAAGUUGAACAUUGCGUCGUUCCAGAAUAAGUUGAGAAGAUCUCGAGAGAAAUUAGGAAAAAUGACUGCUGUGCUCCCGACCAUGAAACUACUUGCGACGACUCGUCAAGUCUUAAACACAUUGAAAAUUUAGCUGGAUAAAAUAGCUAGUAAUUUCCAACUUCCAAACUUCGUUCGUACAGGAUUUUCUCUUUUACACUCACUCAAAGCUGGUUUUGCAGCCAUAUUCCCUUUAUUAAAUUAAUAACAGACAAAAAAAUUGAAUAAAAUAAUCCGAAAGUAAGUCUACAUAAUUUUUUUCUCAGACCUAAGAAUAUGGUCAAUUCAAUUAUUAUUAUGUCGUUACAAGUGCAAAAAAUUUGCGGAAUAUUCCAGAGACAACGUCUUCACGUACAUGCUGUCACAGGAUUCUGAAUAUUUCUACGUAACGACGGACAAAGACUCGACCCAAUCUUCCGUUGGAGUUUUGCGCGUUAAACAGGUCCGCUUCUUUUUUUUUCAAAGUUCACCUUUUUUUUUAAUUAGCAUGAAAAUCACUUUCAGGGACUCUUUGAGGCAAUGGCUUUUUUGAAAUGAAAUAGGUUCAGAUAUAAUAAAAUGAUGGGUUUGGUGCACUGGUUAGAUGCUUUCAGGCGUUGUUAUACAAUUUUGUAUAAUAAAUUUAGAUGUAGAACUCUUUGACCUUUCAUCUAUAAAAUAGCCGCAAAAAAACUCAGAUUUUUUUAGAAGCGUUUUUUUCAGAAGAAUCCUUGUUUUUUUGGGAUGACUUGGCUAAUUUUUUUAUUGAUUUUUUUCGCAAUCUCAUUUAAUUAUUUAUUUUAAUAAAAAAAUUUCCUUGCCAAUUAACUCACAUUCUCAUUCUAAUAAAUCUCGGGAAACCGCAAACAACUGUCUGGAGGAAACUGGCCAUCACUCACUCGCGCACAAGCUAGUUUCCUACAGCCCAAACAAGGAGUGGACCUUCUUUACACCGAAAAAAAAAGUUUGGCGAUCUCGACGCGAUCCACAGCUUCUCAAUCGCCGAUAA